GGUGACCUCGGCGCUCGCACGGCGCAUGCGCGUGGCGCAGCACCGGGGGCGGGCGGUGUGGCGCGGGGGGCGGGCAGCCAUGGCGGCCGCCUUGGGGCUCUCGUCCUCGCCGGGCUCCCCCGCCGUGAGCGAGCUGUGCCAGAACAGGCGAGAGAUCUUCCUGGAGGCCUCGCGGCUGCUCCUCACUUACGCUGACAACAUCCUCCGGAAUCCCUAUGAGGAAAAAUACAGAUUAAUUCGGAUUGGAAAUCCGGCAUUUUCCACAAGGCUGUUGCCCGUCAGAGGAGCAGUUGAAUGUUUAUUUGAGAUGGGGUUUCAAGAGGGAGAAACUCACCUGGUUUUCCCUAAGGAAGCUUCAAUUGAGCAACUACGUAAAAUCAGGGACUUAAUUGCUGGAGAGAGGAGUAGCAGACUGAAUGAGUCGAAUCAAAUCCACAGAUCAGGAUCCUCUGAAGCUGCCAGCAGCACUCAGACAGCUGCACAACGGCCUUCGAGACCUGUUGAAUCUGUUCUUGCCCCUGCCCGUCAGCGACCAGAAACAUCACUUGUGCAAUCUCUUGAAAUGGCUGCAAAUAUCUUGAAAACACUUCAAACAAACUUUGAGAAUCUUGUAUUGAUGUAUGAGAAUCCUUCUAUUCAGCAGAAAGCACUAGCUGCAAUUCCCCUCCAGGAAUUGAAAAGCAAGGCUCAGAAAAACCUAGCACAAGCUACAAGACUGGACAAAGGUGCACAUGUGAAUGAGGAGGACUUCUUAUUGUUGGAGCUUUUGGACUGGUUUAAGACUUCCUUUUUUCAUUGGGUAAACAGUCUUCCUUGCAGCAGGUGUGGUGGGCAGACAGAGCCUAAAAAUGGCUACCUGUUGCCUACGGAUGAUGAUCUAAGGUGGGAUGCCAGGCGAGUGGAAAACCAUUACUGCAACCAGUGUCAGCUCUGUAAUAGAUUCCCAAGAUAUAACAACCCUGAAAAACUUCUGGAAACCAAGCGCGGACGCUGUGGCGAGUGGGCCAACUGUUUUACGCUGUGCUGCAGAGCUGUAGGGUUUGAAGCAAGAUAUGUCUGGGACAAUACAGAUCAUGUAUGGACUGAAGUAUAUUCUUCAUCUCAGAAAAGAUGGCUUCACUGUGAUCCUUGUGAAAAUGUCUGUGAUAAGCCUCUUCUCUAUGAAACUGGCUGGGGAAAGAAGCUCUCCUACAUAAUUGCAUUCUCCAAAGAUGAGGUUGUUGAUGUCACCUGGAGAUACAGCUGUAAACAUGAAGAAGUGCUCUCUAGAAGGACGGCACUCAGUGAAGCUACGCUGCGAGAGACAAUUAAUGCACUGAAUAGAACGAGACAAAAGUCUUUGUCAGAAAAUAGAAGAAGAGAGCUCCUGGGAAGGACUAUUGUGGAGCUUGUGGAGUUUAUUUCUCCUAAAACACCUAAACCUGGAGAAUAUGGUGGAAGGACAUCAGGCUCUGUGGCUUGGCGAGUAGCCAGAGGUGAAAUUGGUCCACAGAAAAGAAAAGAAGUUGUUUUUAUUCCCUCUGAAAAGGAGAAGACAUCUAAAUUGUUCCAUCUCAGCUACAAUGUAAUAGACGAUAGUUAUACACGGAUUUCCAAUAACAAUGAAAAAAUAAAUGGCUGGGAAGCAGGUGUUUGGAAGGCAGAAUCUAUUUGGAGGAAGGUUGAAACAGACUGGAAAAUGGUUUAUUUAGCCCGAAAAGAAGGGUCAUCCUCUGCUUCCAUCAGCUGGAAGUUUGAGUGCAAGUCAGUUGGUCUAAAAAUAGAUAACAUUUCAGUUAGGACAAGCAGUCAAACAUUUCAGAGCGGAAGAAUACAAUGGAGACUUUGCUCUCCUACAGCAGAAAUUGCUUUGAUAGGAGAUAAAAAUCUCUGCUCCUAUUCAGAUUUUUCUGGAGCAACGGAAGUUGUGUUGGAAGCAGUUCUAAAUGGAGGGGAUGGUGAAGCUGCAUGGCAACACACACAGCUGUUUAGAGAGAGCUUAACAGGAUGUGGGGAAAAUUGCUUGGAGAUAAUUAUAAAACUCAGUGACCUCUGAGAAUCUGAACUGCAGAAAUGUACUUUGGAUUCCUCAAAGACAUUAUACCAUGGAUACAACAUGAAGAUUUUGUUGGCAAUUCCUCUUCAUCCUGCUGGCAGCUUAUUUCCUGUUUCACUGCUUCCAUUAAACCAUCUUGAAACUGCACGUGUAUUGAAUAGGUAAACAUCACUUCAUGAAAAUCUCUUUACUAUAAAAACAAAUGCCAAAAUUAAAGGAUUGAACUAUAAAGUACCCUUUUCUUAAACUUUACAAUGAAAAGGAAACAAUUUUUAGGAAGCAAAACAUAAUAAUAGAAGCACACAGCAAUUGUAAUUGAUUUUAAUUUGGAGUUUUGAGAUUGGCUUGCUGGGUUUUUUGGGUUUUUAUAAUCUGCUUGGAAAAACAGUUUGAAUUCUGUUUUCCAACUACAACAGAUGGUUGUGAUGAUUUAAAAAUAUUUUAAACAAUAUUGGAGGAUUUAGACUUUUUUUUUUAUUUGAUUUCAUCUAGUAUCCAGAAGUGCUGAAAUUAAGAUAAUUUCAAUGCUUGAAAAUUUCUUUGUUAGAUGUCUAAGUAUUAAACCUGUGUUUAAUACUAGAACUAUUUGGAAGCAUGAUGGUUGAUGGGAAAAUAACCUCAUUUUGAAAGAAGUGUUCAUUACAUACCUAAAAUUGUCAUAGCCUGUGAUAUGAAAUUGAGACUUUAAACUAAGAACAUAAUAUUUUUUUCUAUGAAAAAAUAUGUUACUCAUUAUAAAUACUUUUUUAAUGAUAUUAAUUCAGAUUUGCUUAAUAAAUCUUUUAAGAGGAGGCAUGUAGGUUGAAAUCCUUUUAAGCUAUUGUCUUGACUUGCUUUAAAUACUAUUCCCAAAUUUGAUGUAAAAGUAUAUACAUUUUUUUUCUGUUCAAUUAACGCAGUGUUUAAAUUUAUUUUCAGUCAAUAUAAUAAAAAAUACUAUCCAGGA